AUGGGGCGGUUUCUUUCGGCAGAUUGGCAAUAUGAGGAAUGUAAACUGUCUCGGUCGGGUCCUCCUGCCACCAUCGUUGCCAUAGAUGAAGAAAGCCCCAACGGAACCUUGUUGGUGGAGAACAUGCAGAUUAAUGGUGUGGCCGAGGGUCCGGAUCGUACCAUCUCUCUUUCCCUAAGGGACAACCACGACUACUGGGUGAUUCUGGACCCUACCAAACAAGCCCUUUAUCUCAACAGCACCGGACGCCUUCUGGACAGAGAUCCCCCCUCCUAUAUUCACUCCAUCGUGGUUCAGGUUCAAUGUACCAACGAGCUGAUCGGCACGGUGAUUCUACACGAGGUCCGCAUCGUGGUCCGAGACCGCAACGACAAUUCCCCUCGAUUCCAGCAGCCGAGAUACUACGUGGCCGUCAGCGAGUUGACACCAGUGGGAACCACCAUCUUCUCUGGUUUCUGGGGGAACAACGGGGCGGCCGACAUCGACGACGGUCCCAACGGACAGAUCGAGUACAUGAUCCAGUACAACCCGAAAGACCCGACAGCGAACAGAACCUUCGACAUUCCGCUGACACUGUUUGGCUCCGUGGUCCUAAGAGAAAGACUCAACUACGAGGAGAUAACACGCUACCUGGUCAUCAUACAGGCUAACGAUCGAGCCCCCUACCCUAGCGAGCGCCGCACCGCCACCACCACUCUGACCGUGGACGUGCUGGACGGUGACGACCUGGGUCCCAUGUUUCUGCCGUGCACGCUCGUGGGAAACACCCGUGACUGCAGUCCCAUCACGUACAAGGCCAACGUACUGGAGCUGACAGAGCCGAAUAAAGUCAGUCCUCUCAAUGUGACCCCCCCGAUACAAGCUGUGGACCAGGACCGAAACAUCCAGCCCCCGUCCGAGAGACCAGGGAUCUUAUACUCCAUCCUCAUCGGCAAACCUCAGACCUAUGCAGAAUAUUUCAGCCUGAACAGAACCACAGCGGAGCUCCUGCUGCUGAGGCCCAUCGACAGAGAGCUGUACCGCAGAUUUGACCUGGUGAUUAAGGCAGAACAGAACAAUGGCCACCCCCUGCCAGCGUUUGCCAACCUCCAGAUCGAAGUGCUGGAUGAAAACAACCAGGCGCCCUACUUCCUGGAGACGAGCUACCAGGGCUACGUCAGCGAAGCUUCACCUGUGGGAACCACCAUAGCGACCAGUGGCAGCCUGUCCGCACCACUGGCCAUCGUUGCUCUGGAUAAUGAUGUGGAGGAGACGAAGGACCCUCAGCUCCAGUUCUCGUUGGACAGCUACUCGAACGUUUUCUCCGUGUCUGCGACUGGAAUCAGAAGAUACGUCACGCUGCUGCAGCCGCUGGACAGAGAGACACAGGACUUCUACACAUUCACGCUGUUAGCGUCAGACGGUGUCCAGCAGAGCUUCCCAGUGACCGUGACGAUAACGGUGUUGGACGCAAAUGACAACACUCCGACUUUCGCCAACGUCUCUUAUAAUGUCAACCUGUUUACUGAUAUGAUGCCUGGAGAAACGGUGCUACAGCUGUCGGCUGUAGAUUCUGAUGCGGGUCCCAAUGGUCAAGUCACCUACCGGAUCUUAGCCGGAGACCAGGAACACUUUAUUAUUGGAAACAGCACGGGGGUCAUUAGUGUGGCGCCGGGUGUUGACCUCGCUGUGGGGCGGAGCUACGCGUUGACCGUGGAAGCCGUGGACAAUGGGCCUGCAGCUCAGCGACGGUCGUCCAUUACCACCGUCUAUAUCGAAGUUCUGCCCCCGAACAACCAGAGCCCCCCACGUUUCCCCCUGCAGCAGUACAACCUGGAGAUCAGCGAGGCCAUGAGGACGGGAGCGACGCUGCUGAAUCUGCAGGCAGUGGAUCGGGAAAGAGAUACUAUUGCUUACAAAAUCCAUAGUGGAGACCCCCAUGGACACUUUGCACUAAAUGAGAAUUCAGGGUCUUUGGUUCUGGACCAGCCUCUGGACAGGGAGUCUCUGGAUUAUUACACCCUGGUGGUCACAGCCUCAGACGGACAGCCAGAUGGGACGUCCACAGCGAUGGUGAACAUUAUGGUCAUGGAUGUUAAUGACAACGACCCGCUGUUCAUUUCCUCUCUGACAGUGAACCUCACUGUCACAGAAGAGCAGGAUAAUGCCUUUGUGGGACAAGUUAAGGCCACAGAUCCAGAUCUGGGCUCUAGUGGUCAGGUCCACUAUCGCCUCGUCAACCACCAGAAGCUCUUUUCCAUCAACGCCACCGGAGCGAUCAGAACCACGGUGCCGCUGGACAGGGAGGUGAAAGGUCACUACUCUCUGAUCGUUGAAGCCUGGGACGGUUCUGUGGACCCCCGGCGAUCCCGGCUAACUCUGUCCGUCACCGUUCUGGACGUGGACGACAACAGCCCGGUGUUCACCCAACAAACGUACAAUGUCAACCUACCGGAGAACAGCCCCAAAGACUCAGUCAUAUUACAGUUAAAGGCGAUGGACGCCGACCUCGACUCCAACCUCACGUACCGCAUCAGAAGCGAAGGCCUGGACCCGGAGAUCACUCGGCUCUUCCACAUCGACCCAGGGACCGGGGAGCUCUCGGUUCGGAAGGUCCUGGACUACGAGGCGCUGAAGGACUCGGAGGCCACGUACAUGUUCACCGUGGAGGCCCUGGACAGAGAGGGGACCAUGCCUCCUGGACUCGCCUCCGUUACCGUCACGAUCAUAGUGAGUGACAUGAAUGACUUUCCUCCGGUGUUCAGCCAGUCAGCGUACCGAGGCAUGGUCGCCCCGAACGCCGUCAAGGGAACCCUCGUGACCACGGUGUCGGCCAACGACUCUGACCCUGAGGGCACCCCCGCAGGUCUGGUGCGAUAUAAAGUGGACCAGGAAGCGUAUCCAUACUCUGCCAGUAUAUUUGAUGUGGACGAACACACAGGACAUGUGGUUACCAGAGUGAACCUCAAUGAGGAGCCCAACCUGAAGUUCAAUCUGGUGGUGGUGGCCUACGACGAUGGCGAGCCUUUGAAGGAGAACACGACUCUGGUGGAGAUCACAGUCCUCCAGCCCUCCGUCAUUCCUGUGUUCACCCAGGAAGAAUACAGGUUUGCACCAGUGAGCGAGGAGGCUGGCGUUGGGACUCCGGUGGGAUUCAUUGUGGCAGCUGCUGUCAAUCAAACUAUCGUGUACUCCAUCAUUGAAGGCAACGAGGGAGGGGUGUUCGCAUUAAACGAAACCACGGGAGUGAUUUCCACCGCCAAGCCUCUGGACUACGAGGCCAAUUCCAGCUUCGUUCUGAAGGUGGAGGCCGACUCCAUGAGGGUGGGGUCCUCCAACCUGCGAGCCCCGGCGAAGACUAACACAGCGAAGGUGAUGAUUGACAUCCAGGAUGAGAACGACCAUCCACCAGUUUUCACCACAUCUCUUUACAUCGGAGGCGUUGCAGAAGACGCCAAAACCUUCACCUCAGUCUUACAAGUGCAGGUGUCAGUGGUGAACCAGCUGGACAUGCAGGUGGUCGUAUCAAACGUCCCUCCAACCUACGUGGAUAAAAACAAGAACAAGCUGCUCAGCAUUUUGGAACGCUACGUCCAGGACCAGAUACCAGGAGCGAAGGUUGUGGUGGAAACCAUCGGGCCCCAUCGACACGGGGACGGGAUGGAGCAGGAGGACUACACCAAGUCGGACCUCAUGAUCUAUGCCAUCGACCCUCUGACCAAUCGAGCCGUGUCCAGACAGGAGCUCUACAAGUUUCUCGACGGUAAGCUCUUGGACAUCAACAAAGAGUUCCAGCCCUUCCUCCCCCCCGGCGGGCGGAUUCUGGAGAUCCGAACCCCGGACGUGGUGACCAGCGUCAAGAAAGCCAUGCAAACCGUAGGCUACACAGAGGGGGCGCUGUUGGCCCUGGCAGUGAUCAUCAUCAUCUGUUGCGUCCCUGCGAUAUUGAUCGUUAUCAUCACCUACAGACAAUUCAAAGAACGCCAGGCGGAGUGUGCCAAGACAGCCCGAAUCCAGAUGGCGCUGCCAACAGGCAAACCUGGGGGAGGCACUGCCAACAACCUGUAUGAGGAGCUGGGUGACAACGCCAUGCGUGGAUAUGGACAACAGGAGACACAACAACUUCUGCGACCUUCUCUGCUCAGACCAGAGGAGUUAUCGAUGGAAUCUGGCAUCGACCCCGGACAGGACUACUACACACAGGAUUAUUACAACUAUGAACAUGGGUACGAGCUGCCUCAGUACGGGAGUCGCAGGAAGCUGAUCUCACCCUCCGGCCUCUACGAUGAAUAUGGAGAAGUUGUUGUGGACGAUGACGGCAGCUACUACUACAGCCCGCAGGAGUCUGACCACGGCUGCAGAAAACAUCGGAUCAAGCUGGUGACGGAUCGGGAGUAUGAGACCAGCUCCACCGGCGAGGACAGCCUGCCCGAACCCCAACGCAGCCGCUUGUCCUCCACCGUCAACAGCCACGCUAACGUGAACGGCAGCGUCUACAUGGCCCAGAACGGCUCCAUCAUCCGCACCCGGCGCUCGGUCAACGCCACGCCGCCCACGCACCCGCACGCCACCACCAACAACAACCUCAAACUCGCCUCCCCCGUCUUCAGCACACGGCUGGCCAAGCACUUUAAAAAACUGGACAAAAUGGCCGCCACGUUGGAGGAGCAAGUGCCCCUGAACAACCCGAGGACAGCAGCCGACGGGGGGUGCAACACGCUGCGCACCUUCCAGAGCUCGGGGGGGGCCGCGUCCGCCACGGCCACUUCCUCUUUGUCCAACGCUGACCACCACAAAACAGUGAACGUGUUCAACACCCGACAAUCCAGCGUCUCUCUGGGCUCGACCGGCGCCAGCACCACGGGCCCUGAGAGCGCCGAGUCCAAGUCCAACCUGCUCAAAGCGGCGCAGGGCGGCGCCGAGCAGCAGCCUCCGAGCACAGCGGAGACGGGCGAGUUGAGGGAGGGAGAGAGAGAGUCGAGAGUGGACGUCGAGGACGAGGACGACGGGCCGGUCAUGAGGGAGCUGCUGGAGUGCCCGAGCGACCGGACACAGUCGGACGAGGAGGAGCUGUGGAUGGGCCCGUGGAACAACCUCCACAUCCCCAUGACCAAACUCUGACUGACACUGUGCUCGCUGCUUCUCGCCAAGAUCAUCUCAGCGUUCAGAUUCCAUCUCUGCUGAUUAGUUGUGGAACUAACGGGUUUGCUCCAAUCCAGGUUGAAGGAAUCCAGGCGAUUGAUUUUUUCGUCAAAUAAAAGAAAUAAAAGUAACUCGGCAUCUAAUUGGUUAUUUGUCUCAGUCGUCCAAUCAGAGCAUCCCCUCGAGCCCAACUGACCUCAGAGCUGAAGAAAACCUUUGUGACCCAGAAUGAGAAAACUUGUUAUAUUUCUACUUUGCUAAGAGAUACAUGGAGAAAGGAACUCGAGGAAACAGUCUGUGAACUCUAACGGCCCUUUAAGCGACUGGUGGCUCUUUGUGGAACUGCAGCCGUUUCAUUCGCGGCUGCUGUCUGCGACUCAUCUUGGAUUUGCCUGAAACUUUUCAUUGACACAUGACGUCUUGUAUUGUUCAAACUUGCCUUUUUAUCUUUGUCAAGUUGCUUGGUAAAUUAAUCCAAAUAAAAUAAAAAAAACUAUUUCAUCCAGUAAAAUGUGGUGUUUGGUUAAAUUGGCUCCGAGUCGGUGUCUGUUCUCUAGAAUUAAUUUG